AUGAAGUUGAUAAGCAAAGACUUUUUAAUUACGUCCUUGAUUCUCGAGACAGCUCCUCAUGCGACGCCGAGAACCCAUGUAGUAACGGCGCGUGCUGCAGCGCGAGCGGCUACUGUGGUUAUGGCUCAACGCACUGUGGUGCUGGGUGUUUGUCAAACUGUAAUGCGACAGCUGAGUGUGGUAAAUAUGCUUCUACGCCUGGUCAAGCAUGUCCUCUCAACGUUUGCUGCAUGCGGUACUACCAAUGACUUCUGUAAAGCUGGAUGCCAGAGCAACUGUGUCUUGAAUCCAGAGCCUCCAUUAGGCGCUGCUUCCGUCGGUGUUCUCAACAAAGUCAUUGGGUACUAUGAAUCCUGGAUGGCUCGGAAGGACUGCCAUAAAGUGACUCCUACAGACCUACCUUUGGAUGCACUAACUCAUAUGAAUUUCGCGUUUGCGUAUAUAGACACACGCACAUACGAAAUUGUUACUAUGGAUAGUGAAACACCUUCCAGCCUAUUUCAAGAUGCAACGAAUGUGAAAUCAAUCAAACCCGACAUCAACGUCUUCAUCAGUGUGGGUGGCUGGACGUUUUCUGACAAUAAUACCGCAACACAACACAUUUACGGUGAGAUCGCCAGGGAUGCAACAAAGCGACAAAGGUUUGCAGACAACGUUGUCCACUUCCUCAAACAGUAUGGCUUUGAUGGACUCGACAUUGAUUGGGAAUAUCCCGGAGCAGGUGAUCGAGGAGGUAGCCCCGAAGAUACAGCGAAUUAUGUCCUUCUGCUCAAGACCUUGCGCGAAACCUUCGACGCCAGCGGAAGUAAACUCGGCCUUACAUUCACGGCCCCUUCAUCGUACUGGUAUCUGCGCUGGUUUGACCUUCCGAAUAUGAUCAAAUAUGCAGACUGGAUUAACCUAAUGUCAUAUGAUCUUCACGGCGUGUGGGACUCAACAGAUCCGAUUGGAAGUAUUGUCCAAGCACAUACAAAUCUAACAGAGAUUAAACUCGCGGUCGACCUAUUCUGGCGAGUGAACAUCCCACCAGAAAAGAUUAUAAUGGGCUUCGGUUUCUAUGGUCGCUCUUUUACUCUUGCGGACAAACUGUGUACAAAACCUGGAUGUCCUUUUAAGGGUGCUGCAAGUCCCGGUCCUUGCUCGGAUACUGGUGGGAUUUUGGCAUAUUAUGAAAUCAUGGCCAUCCUGAACGGCGGAAGCUCGUCCUCUAAACGAUCGCCCACUAUCAUACCUGUCCAUGACCAGGCAGCUGCGGUUAAAUACUUCACUUUUGACAAUGACCAGUGGGUCUCCUAUGACGAUGCGACGACUUUUGCGCAAAAGGUCUCGUGGGCAAACGAAGUUGGACUGGGAGGAGCCAUGAUUUGGGCUUCAGAUCUGGAUGAUGAUAAAUACUCAGCUCACGCUGGUCUCACAAACAAAACUAUCAUGUCCAAUCCUACCCUGCAGGGUAUCGACAAAGCUUUGUCAAACCCUAAGUCCGUCAUCCAGGAUCUAGCAAGUUUCAAUGGUCAGAACUGUUUCAGAUAUGAGGGGAACUGUGUGAAACUCAACGAUAAAGAUGCAAUGGCUAACGCCUGUGGGAGUGGAUACACCGUGGUGGGCUGGGACGAUGCUGGAUGUGGCAAGAAGAGCUGUCACUGUGGCAAGCCAGUCUGCUGUCCAACAAGUAGUGCUCCCAAGGACUGCAUAUGGCGUGGUGACAACACAGGCGAUGCCGGCGUAAGCUCAGAUUGCAAUGCGCAGUGUCAGGCUGGGGAGAUCAACAUUGCCGGCAUCCGAUCAUCUUGGGGUGGUGGAUUCGUAAAUGAUGGGGACACAGAUAAGUGUGGUCGAGGUUAUAAAGUGUUCUGCUGCCCUGAUCCGGAGUACAAUGAGGUUGUUAACGGAUGUGCUUACGCUGACUGUGGAAAGGAUUGCCCAAGUGGCAGUACUGAAAUGUUCAUUAAAAGAGACACCUGCUGGUCCAACGGCCAGAAGUACUGCUGUUCGACACCCGCUGAUCUGGCCGACUGCCACUGGGUGGGUGGCACCUCUGGAAAUGACUGUGCCAAUGCCAAAUGUGCAUCAACAGAGCUAGCAAUCGAUCGAGCAACAUACGGUGAUUCUUCCUCGGGUUGCGACUGGGACAGAAAAAAGGUCGCCUGUUGUGCUGUUAAGAAGGCAGCUCGCGAGCCGGCGACAUGCGGCGCGGAUUUGUGCUCGCUCUUUCCGGGCUGGUGUCCUGACGAUAGCAGUGAUGAAAGCUCAGUUUCCUACCGAAAACGGAGUGAGCUCACUUCAUUUGAUAAACGGGGAGCUUCUAAGAAGUACGUCGUAGAAGUCGGGGGUGUUGCCAUCCAAACCGUUGCAGCGGCGUAUCCUAGUAUCGGACAACUCUUUACUGUGGCCAAUGCUGGCCAGGUUGUCCGCUGGGCUUUUCGUCUCAACCAAAACUACUGCACAAGCAACGCCAUGUCGGUCUCUCCUCUUCCGGCCGGGCUUGUCCCCAAGGCUCUCUACGCCGGCUUGAACUCGGAGCACGUUAUUGAUAGACAAGUCAUCAAUUUCUUCAUCAAGGCUGCGCUAUCCGGUUAUUUGGAGUCCGGGAAUUCCCCAGGUCUGUUACCUGUCUCGCAGACCUUCUGGACUACCGUGUGGCGGGCUGCCAAUUCUGCUCUAGCGGCAAUGCCUCCCGUCGGAGGUGCGGACGGUGCCUCGCCCGAUACUCCUGCCGGCCGUAUCAUGGAAGCCUUUGGUUCGACCAAAUUUCCCGAACCUUUGCUGGCCACUGCUGCUGGGAUUAACGCUGUCAAGGGCAGGAUCAUGGGGCUCAACGCUCCCUUCACCAUUGCUAAAAUCGAAGAGUUAGCCGCAGAGGCAGUAAAAGCGGAUGGUGACGAGGCAGUUAACAAUCUCCUCACGGCCAUCCGAAGCACUUUCGCUCUUUUCGAGUACUUCCGUAAUCACCGGGUUGUCGGGCAAUGGAACAACGUGCUCCAGCAGGUUGGGUUGCAAUGUGCGCACAUUGAACAUGUAACUGGCGUGACCGAUCUGCAAAAAUGGUGGUGGAUCUGGGCGCCGGACUUCUUCCAGGUCGUCCAGGAUGAGGCGCAGGGUUGGGCCACCGCGGCGAUUCGGGCGGCGGCUGGUGCGUACACGGAAGCUCGCACGGCAGGACGCAGUCUCAAGACGAACGACAUGGUGGUUCAGGCUUUGAGUGAAUUCCAGAGCAAAGUAAAUCUGAUGAAAAUGCCGACUAUAAAUACGGAAAGGACUACGAUUACAGACUGA